UGCCGAUCCGUGCACGGAUGUAACGAUUCGACCCCUGCUUUUUAAUAUAAUGAACACCAUAUUUGUGCGCUGUGGACACCGCAAAAAUUUUACUUAAAAGUUAUAUUCAAAGGAGCAAGAGAUUGUAUCUAUUCCUAAUGUUCGAAACACUUCGCACGAUCUCUUAAUUGUAUUUUAAUAUUGUAGUUGGUUUCGUCCAGUUUCAGGGGUCGAAUCGUUUUUCACAAUAGUUUUUAAAUUCCACAUUGCUUUGGAUCGUAUUUUUAGGUCAGAAGAGAUGUGGAACUGUCAAAACCGUUGCAAAAUAUUCAAUAAAUUUGUUAGUUUAAAUAUGAAGUGGUUAAAUGUCAGGAUGGAUCCGGCUUUGUUUUUUUUAUUUGAGCUCUAGUGAGAGUGAUGGGGAUGAAAAAAUAGUGCGGAGGCAACUAAGAGAUCGGAGAAAUCCUUUGGCACUGCCGAAUACAGCGCAGAUUUUUAAAACGAUUUCGUCUAACUAAAGAGGCUUUUGAAUAUGUCCUAAAUAAUAUAUGUUUGACGCAAUCUGGCGUCAGAGCAGUGCCUCGAGUGCUACAAUUAGCAACCACGCUUUCACAUUUGGCAGUGACUAUUUGAUUGGGAUUUGUCAAAGCACUGUUUCGAAGCUGACAUCCCAUGUGCUUAAAGAAAUGGAAAUGAAGUUGUGCCCACAGUUUAUACGGUUUACACCAGAGGAUUCCCUUACGUGUAAAGAGUGGUUUGUGCACCAAUAUAAAAUUCCUGGAGUUAUUGGGUGCGUUGAUGGUACCCACAUCGGCUUACAAAAAUCCACAGUAAACGAGCACAUGUACUUCAAUAGAAAAGGCUCCCAUAGUAUCAACGCUAUGAUAAUAUGUGAUCACACUUACAAAAUUAUGUCUAUUAACUGUCAAUACGGUGGUGCAGCCCACGACUCAUUUGUUUGGAAACAUUCGCACCAGAGAAGAGUUUUGGAAGAACGAUUUCAGCACAACAGGAAUGAAAAUUCAUGGCUUUUAGGGGAUUCUGGCUACCCACUGUAACCAUGGUGCAUAACUCCUUACAGAAACGCUUCGGAUGGUUCAAAUGAAGCUAUGUUCAAUGAAAUUCAUUCAAAGGCAAGAUGUAUCGUCGAACGAACUAUCGGAAUUUUAAAAGGACGCUGGAGAAUUUUAGGAUAUGGCAAGAGAGGAAGGUACCAUCCGACAAAAGUGGCAAGAUUUGCUAACGUUUGUACAGCAAUACACAACAUCUGCAUAAAAUUUAAAAUAAAUUAUGAUCCUCAGAAUUGCGAUUCUGAUCAAACAACGGAUAUCGACACCGGGGUACCGAACCGCCUCACCGCAAUCGGCCAAACAAUAAGAGAUCAAAUAAAGUACUAUUUAAUAAAUUGAAGUUGAAAAUGUCUAUGUCUAUACCCUAGUAAA